GCCAGGCCAGAGUGCACUCUCUCCAAGGACACCCUUCACUUCAGUCCUCUACCACCCUAUUGUUGCCUACCCUUCGGGUUGACUUCGCUCUAACCCAACCCUUUCACAUUUGACACUCGUCACAGUAUGCGGCCGCAGCUGUAUCGUGCGGCCGCCCGGCUCAUCCGGGUCCCAAAGGUCAACCAUCUCAGGGCUCUCGCGACGACAUCCCCUCGCUCUGCCGAAGUGGAACUCACCAUUGAUGGGAAGAAGGUUUCAGUAGAAGCCGGCUCGGCUCUUAUCCAAGCCUGUGAAAAAGCAGGUGCUACAGUCCCAAGAUAUUGUUACCAUGAGAAGCUAUUGGUUGCAGGUAACUGUCGUAUGUGCCUCGUCGAAGUCGAGCGGGCACCUAAGCCCGUGGCGUCAUGUGCUUGGCCUGUGCAGCCUGGAAUGAAUGUCAAAACCAAUUCGCCGCUGGUGCAUAAAGCUCGGGAAGGUGUUAUGGAGUUUCUGCUUGCCAACCAUCCUCUGGAUUGCCCUGUUUGCGACCAAGGUGGAGAGUGUGAUCUUCAAGAUCAAUCCAUGCGAUAUGGUGCUGACCGUGGACGUUUCCACGAAGUCGGGGGCAAGCGUGCCGUCGAGGACAAAAAUAUUGGUCCCCUUGUUAAAACGUCCAUGAAUCGUUGUAUUCACUGUACACGCUGUGUUCGCUUUAUGAAUGAUGUUGCUGGAGCUCCCGAACUCGGAACCACCGGCAGAGGAAACGACAUGCAAAUCGGCACUUACCUGGAAAAGAACCUUGACUCCGAGCUUUCUGGUAACAUCAUUGAUCUUUGUCCAGUCGGAGCUCUUACCUCUAAGCCCUACGCUUUCCGUGCUCGCCCUUGGGAACUGAAACACACUGAAUCUAUUGACGUGCAUGACGCUUUGGGGUCGAACAUACGGAUAGAUACUCGAGGCAUGGAGGUGAUGCGGGUACUUCCAAGGCUGAACGACGAUAUCAACGAGGAAUGGAUCAACGACAAAUCUCGGUUCGCAUGUGAUGGUCUCAAGACUCAGAGGCUUACGACACCUCUAAUCCGCCGGGAAGGGAAGUUCGUCCCCGUAACGUGGGAGCAGGCUUUGACCGAAAUUUCGUCAGCCCACCAGCGACUUCGGCCGACGGAGAAUGAGUUCAAAGCCGUUGCCGGGCAUCUGGUAGAUGCUGAAACAUUGGUGGCUAUGAAGGAUUUGGCUAAUAAGCUUGGGUCUGACAAUCUUGCACUGGACCAGCCAGGCGGCAGCACCCCAAUUGCUCACGGUGUUGAUGUUCGCUCCAACUAUCUUUUCAACUCUAAGAUCUAUGGAAUCGAGGAGGCCGAUGCGAUCCUUCUGGUUGCUACAAAUCCUCGCCAUGAAGCCUCCGUUCUCAAUGCGCGUAUUCGCAAGCAGUAUCUACGGUCUGAUCUUGAAAUCGGGCUUGUUGGCGAGGAAUUUGAAAGCACUUUCGAGUUCGAGCACUUGGGUGCCGAUGUUUCCUCCCUGAAGGCAGCCCUUUCCGGAACCUUCGGGGAAAAGCUCGCUACGGCCAAAAGACCUAUGAUCAUUGUUGGCAGUGCUGCUGCUGAACACCCUGAUGCUAAGGCGAUUUUCGAGUCCAUCGGCAGCUUUGUAGAGAAACACGCAAACAACUUCAAUACUCCAGAUUGGCAAGGCUACAACGUUCUCCAACGCGCAGCAUCCCGUGCGGCUGCCUAUGAAGUGGGCUUCGCUACGCCAUCUCCCGAAGUCUCUCAGAGCAAGCCCAAGAUGGUUUGGCUUCUUGGUGCUGAUGAAAUCGCUCAGAGCGAACUUCCCAAUGACGCCUUUGUCAUUUACCAGGGACACCACGGUGAUAGAGGCGCUCAGCUCGCCGAUGUUGUUCUGCCUGGCGCGGCGUAUACUGAGAAAUCUGGAACCUACAUCAACACGGAGGGCCGUGUGCAAGUCACUCGAGCUGCCACUUCCUUGCCUGGUGCUGCACGUGACGACUGGAAGAUCAUCCGUGCCGUUAGUGAAUUCCUCAGCAUACCUCUUCCUUACGAUGACAUCGAGGCACUGCGCGACCGUAUGGAAGAAAUUAGUCCUGUCAUGCGCCGAUACGACGUGGUUGAACCAACAUCCUUGAGCUCAUUGAGCAAGAUUCAGUUAGUUGAUCAGAACAAGGGCUCUCAAUCGACCAAUACACCUUUCAAGAAGAUCAUCGACGAUUUCUAUUUUACUGAUUCCAUUGCUCGGAGUUCUCCCACUAUGGCUCGCUGCUCUGCCGCUAAGGCGACUGGAAACCCCGAGACAAACUUCAUGGCCGCUGGAGAGAUGUCUCCGAAGGCUCUGUAUGGCUAGAUUUCCGAUUUUUCACUAUUGACCCAGUUUCUUCCUAUUUGUCUGGUGGUCUAGGCGUUGUUGUUGUAACACCUAAACAACUUUUUCCUUCGAUGCUUUUGCCCUAGUCCAAUGUUAUUAUAGUUCAAGUACUGUGCUUUCUCGGCCUAUUCUGUCAAAUCUCACAAUCACACCAAGGGAAGUCUCAAACCACAUCAGCAGUGAUGAAUUUGUACAUAAGAUCGAAAAAUUAUAUUUGGUGGUACGACAGAGCCAUGCAACAUUCGCUUGUUCACCAGC